AUGACCUGGCCAGCAGUGAAUGCGUCCAAACCGGUAGUGGGCUCGUCGAGAAAGAGGACAGUCGGAUCGGUGAUCAACUCCAUUCCAAUAUUGGUUCGUUUUCUCUCGCCGCCCGACACGCCUCUGAUCAACUCGGUGCCGAUCUGCGAUAAGCAAUGCGAAAUAAAGCAAAAGCAUUUGGUGAUCUGCAAGACUGAAGUAUUUGCGGUAUCAACAAGUCAUCGGUACGUCACAAAAAUGAAACCAGGCGAUCUUAUCUUUCCUGUCCCAUCGUCUUUUCAGGUUGGCAUUGCAAAUUGUACGUCUAGAUGGAAUCUUGACUUCAUUUCAGCUUCACUUUUGGCUGAAUUCAUCCAUUUCUCCGGUACUCCCUUGAAGUAUAUGAUACGGCAUUUGUUUGAGACUCCGAGUUAA